GUCCAUCCUCGCUUUCAUCUUCUUUCUAUACCUUCUUUAUUUUACAUAGGACGCAUCCAAUGGAUAUAGACCGCGAAGUUGUCCUAUCCACGCGCAGCGACGUAUUUGACCAGUUUUAUGUUUGGGAACAAGAGGAGGCCCGUGCUCACAUUCAGUCUCUCGCUGUCGAUGACGGUGACGACGACGGCGGAUUUGACGUUAGCUUUGAAAAUAAGGUGCCGAUAUCUGAGGCUGACUCGGAGGCGACCGGCGAAAUAUUUUCAGUGUGGUCUUGCGAUGACCAGGGAGUGCCAACUUCCAGCAGCACUGUGUUUUGCAUUGAAAUAACGGUAUCGGGAGACUUCGAGCCACAUCCUCCAUAUCUGGCAUGCACACCUGCAUCUAGGAGUGCAGAGAAGGAAUCUUUUGAUAUGACAUUGUCUGCUGAAUCUCUUCCCUUUAUUCCUUUCGCUGAUGACCCAUCUUUCCCGUUGGCCGAAUACUUGGGGAACUACGAGUCCUUCGAAUGGCAGGUCGAUUUCGUGGACCCUGAUGUGGAAGUCUUAGAGAUUGAGGUUGCUCGGCGAUUACAUUGCGAAUUUGGUUUGUCGCUCGACACCAUAGAUGAGCUCAAAAUCAUGAGACCCAUGAGAAUCUCACACGAAUCAGGAUUGGUCUGGGAUACAUUUCAGAGAGACAUGCCAAAUCUCCCAUGGUUAGACGAACCCAUCAUCAUGACUCUACCACCGCGAAAGCUACCCAAUGAAAAUGACUUGUUAAACGAGAUCAACAGAUUCAGGCCACAAUUUUGUCCAAAUAUGAAUUGUAUACACCUCGCCUGUAAGGUUCAUCAAUUUGAGUAUCCGCCUAUUAAAUCUGUUACCUCCACGAAAACGAACCAAAGCUUCAAACUGAGGCAGGGGACUCCUUGUGGGCUAGACUGCUACCGUCACCUCGACGAAAGCCAGGAUGGUAUGAUGGAAGGUGUCUUGUGGACCGAUCCUGAAGACGAAGAGUUUCUGUGUGGCGUAUUGAAGCUGGAUCCUGACAUUUCACCCUGUGCGUUGGCCGUCAUCUGCCGAAAAAGAUGUCUUGAAGUCUACAUAUACCGCACCAGGAACAUUCCUGACGAAAAAGUCAUUAUAGGCGAACGGAAAGGACAAUCCCAGGGACAACGUCAACUUGUAUUUUAUGAUGAUGACGGUAUGAAGACAUACGUUCCCAUACCGCCUUGUGGCCAUCCUGGACCGUGCGAUGCCAAUAGCAACUGUCAAUGCUAUCACAAGUCCCACCACUGCCAAAGAAAUUGUAGAUGUGGCCUAACUUGUCCCCGUCGAAGGGAAGGAUGUGGAUGUACUCACGAGAAGAAGACUGGGCUUUGCUCGAAUGAGAAGACAUGCACCUGUGUAGCUGGUGGAAGAGAAUGCGACCCGGAGCUCUGUCUGAGGUGUGAUGCACGGUACGUGUUUCCAUCGUUGAGUGGGGAGUCUGUUAAGCAUUGGACCAGAGGUGUGUUCUCCAUGAUUAUGGCAGAAGCAUGACCAGAAUCAUGCAAUAAUAUUUACCUAGGUGCC